CGGCCACCCACGCUGGAGGCUCGACACUUCACUUACAACCGCCGAAACGAGCUGAUGAUAGCCGGUCAACGCCUCCCGACAUGUCCCUCGCCUCCCUCGCUUCCUCGCUGAAGCAAUCCACUAUCCGCGACGAUGACGAAAUUCUGCGAGCCGCCGAUGCGGCAUUGAAAUCGUCCAAGAACGAUCUCGAGGCGCAACAUGUGAAGGUUGUGGCAUUGCUGAAACUGGACCGUUAUACCGAUGCCAUUGCCGCUCUCAACGCUGGAGGCGAGCAGCUCAAGGAACGAGCAGGUCUGGAACAUGCAUAUGCUCUGUAUAAAUCCGGGAAUCCAGCGGCGGCAGCGGACCUGGCUGCAAAGGCACAGUCGCGUGGGUACACACAUGUCGAGGCACAGUCGCGGUACCGGACAGAGGACUUUGCGCGAGCUGCACAGCUGUACAAGCAAUUGGCAGGAGACCUAGGCGAUGAUGCCGAAGCAGACUUGCGCAUUAACAGUGGGGCGGUGGACGCACAACUAGAGUGGUCUGGGAGAGGGGAACUGGUAGGAAAGAAGAAGCCGGAGAGAGAAGAUCUGGAAGCAUUCGAAACGGCAUACAACGCAGCAUGUGGGAGCAUAGCACGAGGAGAGCUGGGCCAAGGCGAGGUGCUGCUCAAACGUGCAGCUGAUCUUUGUGCAAGUCUGGAAGACCUGAGCGAAGAGGAACGAGAAGCAGAAUUGUUGCCAAUCCGAGUACAGAGGGUUUACGUGCUCUCCCGGCUGGGAAGAGAGAAGGAAGCAGAGGAAUUGGCUCAGAGUCUGGACGUCAAAUCCAUCAGCGAUGCUGUGACGCGUCACGUUGCACAGGUCAACAGCACUGCCGCAACUUCAACGCCUUCACCAUACAUCGCGGAGCGACUAGUCAGCAAAGACCUCGAUUCCUUCAAACCGGACUACCCUUUCCACUUUCAGACCUCGAUACUGCAACGGAACCGGCAUGCGAUCGCUUUACAAGCAUUGAAAUAUGACGGAACCGCCGAGUCCACAGCAGAGACGCUAAAGAAACAGUCUCUGCCGAGUACAGACGCAUAUGUCGCAUCUCUCUCAGUGGCGAAUGCUGCUGCCCAUGCCAAGGGGAAAAUCGGGAAAGACGCACUUAAGCUCGUGUUGCCCGUGCUUGAGAGACGACCGCAUGACAUCGGGCUUGCUCUCACUAUUGCUCAACUCUACACAUUGGGCGGGAACCCUGCCGCUGCCAUUUCACUGCUGGAGAACUUUACCAAAGGACUCAGCGAAAACGAUGGUGCACGGUUCGCUCCUGGGCUUGUCGCGACUAAGGUCAGCCUGUACCGCAGUCAAGGUCGCAAAGGAAAUGCUCGAGCGGAGCUUACCCAAGCUGCUCUACAUCAUAGACAAAAAGCGCAGCAAAGACCGACCGGCGUCACUCAUCUACUCAAAGCCGCUGGCAAGGCAUCUUUGGAAACAGAGAGCUCUGAUAGCUUGAAAUUGGCGAAGGACAUCUUUGAAGACUUACACGCAGCCGACCCCAGCGAUCGCUAUGCCGCAGCAGGCCUACUAGCAGCGUCACCAGAAACAGCUUCGGAACAAGACCUUGCUUCGUUGACACCUGUACAGCGUCUGGUCAGCUCAAUCGACGUUGACGCGCUCGAAAAUGCAGGCGUAGCACAACUUCCAUCUGCCGCUCCCACGACACGUAAAAGACCUGCAGAGGACUCGAAACCGAAGAAAGCCAAGAAGUUGCGCAAGUCGCGAUUACCCAAAGACUAUGAUCCGAACAAGAAAUCAGAUCCGGAGCGAUGGCUGCCUCUCCGUGAUCGCAGCACGUACCGACCCAAGGGAAAGAAGGCCAAAGCGAGACAAGCGCUGUUCUCACAAGGAGCUGUUGCGAACGAAAGUGAGGGUAGCCGGCCCGCGACACCUGGCGGAGAAGUAGUCCAGCAAAAACAAAAGCAAGGCGGCGGAGGAGCAAAUAAGAAGAAAAAGGGCAAAGGUGGCAAAUGGUAGCCCACUGAUGCCCGUGCGCAUGCACAAUAUGGUAAACACAGAUAGCUUCUUGUGCAUAUGGCAAUAUUUGACCUGCCAGCCUAGCCCAGCCCAGCUCAGCUCGAACUGAACGAAACGCCCAGUCCCGAACAACACACGCAAAGAGCGUGUUCAGUGCUGCUGAAUCUCCAGGUUAUAGUCCCUGUCUGUCACCGUAUCUUGUCAUUCUCUCCUUUGGCAAAGUUCCAUCAUGAACCUGUCGCCUCAACUCUUUGCAUUCAUCGGUUUGCAUGCAAUUCACAGGCCCUUCUUGUCUACGCUUCGCAAUCUCUGCCGCUCCGCGAGCUGUUGCAAAGGUGUAUGUGUUUGUCCAAUGUCCAUCAGCAAGAGUGGCGUCGUCAACUUCAUUCAGCGAAAAAAGGACUUCCUCUUCUACCAUAUCAUGUAGCGCUUCCCUCAGCGCGACUCUGAGUCCUGAUGUAUUAGCUGAAGGCCCAGAGAGUACA